AUGGCGAUGCCACAGCAGCUUGUCAUCUGCGCUCUCAUCAAAGUUCUCAUUGUGUUGCUAACGAUCGCUGUGUUGAUUCUACUUGAUCCAGUCUAUGUCACUGCCUAUAUCAAUCUCAACUAUGAGAUUGUGAUGAUCUACAUUUUCUCGGCGUUGACCCUUCUUUAUUGUGUGGUGUCAGUGAUUCUUUACGUGUUGAUGACGCGUGGGCAAAUCGCUGAAGAUGUUCGCCUAACCAAUGUUGGAAUGGCUGAAUUCAUCUGUGGUACCGCUGGACUUAUUGGAUGGAUUUUGGUGAUCGGAAUCGGCGGAAACAUCUCACAGCGCACGAUCAUCGAGACUGGAGAGCGUUUUGGAUGGAUUGGGGCGAUCGCUGGAAUCAUCACCGCUUGUUUCUUGGGAAUCAUGGCGAUCUUCUUGCUCAAUAUUGUCAAUGAGAAGAUUCUCCAACCCCGACAAGCCAAAUAUCGUCGCCCCAACGAAUAC